CAGCAGCAAUACCGGAGCAUGGUGAGCCAUCUGCACUGCUAAACGAUCUGUGAACGGAAAGUGGAAAGUAGAAGCUUGUGCGCACGCGCUUCCCGGGAUUAAUGUCAAGGCACAAAAGUGGCGCUACACCGUGUCGAGAUCUCCUCUGGUGGUUGCUUUAGGGAUGGAUGGGGAGUCAGAACCAAACCCUGCUGUGCCAGAGGAGGCAGGGGAGCAGGUGGAGCCCAUAGACGCCACUCCCUCCCUUGAGCAGAAAACGCCGCCCCCCUUAGAGGAGAAGGCUGGGGAGGCAGUUUCCAUGGAUACAGAGGAUGGAGCCACAAAGGAGGAUGGCACAGAGGACAACGAUGAUGAUGAUGUGGUCCUGGUCGGAGAGGAAGAGGCUCCACUCCUUCCCUCCAAAACCCUCAACCAAGAUCUGCCUAGUACAGAUGGCCCUGAACCUGGGGCUGAUGUUGUACCUGUAGACAUGUCCACCACUGUGCAGCCCACUUCAAGCCCUAGCAUGCCUGUGUCUUCCAGCUCACCCCCGGCGGGCUCACCCCCAAAACCUCCCACCAAAGCAGCAGGAGAGCCCAUUGUAAUUGACGACGAGGAGGAGCCCGAACAAAAAGACACUUUUCCCCCUUCACCAGCGCCCCCUGGAGGCCACUCUUUACCUGGCUCGCCAGGUGUGCUCAGCAGCACCGAGCCGGAUUCUGAGAUCCGAAUUGCUAGUGUCACCACACUGGGAUCCAGUGGAAAUACUCCACCACAUUCAAUGGACAGUGAGGGGGAUGUGAACCUUAUGAUAACUUCAGUAACCUCACUGCAAGGUGGAGAUGCCGAACAAGCGGCAGUUGAAGGGCAAACGGAAGAAAACGGUCUGCAGAUAAGCAGUGCCUUCAGCCUGAAUCCUGACACCCCAUCUGGUCGACCUACAGCCUCCUUCAACCCUGGACGGGGGUCAGGCUCCGUGGGUCAGCUGGUACAGAAUGGAGAGAUGGGAACACACAACAGAGGAGAUUCAUGGAUAUCGCAGUCAGCUUCUGUCCCCCGCAGUCAGAAACAGACAGGGGUUGACUCUCCUUCACCAGCCACAUCACUACCGAAACCUCCUGGCCAGUCUUCCUCAUCCACUUCAACCUCAGGCUCCCAAAUACAGCCCAGAACAGUCAAGGUGACCUGUGCAAAUUGCAAAAAGCCCCUGAAGAAAGGUCAGACGGCUUACCAGCGCAAAGGCUCCACACAUCUUUUCUGCUCCACCACUUGCCUCUCUGCCUUCUCACACAAACCUGCCCCUAAGAAGAGCUGCACCAUGUGCAAAAAAGACAUCACAAACAUGAAGGGAACCAUUGUAGCCCAGGUGGACUCCAGCGAGUCAUUCCAGGAGUUCUGCAGCACAGGUUGUCUGGGUGCAUACGAGAACAAGCAGAACCCACCCAAAUCUGGCCUUAAGACAAAAUGUACUGUCUGCGGGAAACUCACAGAGAUCAGGCACGAGGUCAGCUUUAAGACUGUGACCCACAAGAUCUGCAGUGACACGUGCUUUAACGUGUACCGCCGGGCCAACGGCCUGAUCAUGAACUGCUGCGAGCAAUGCGGCGAUUACCUGCCUAGCAGAGCGUCGGCCAACCACUUCCUGCUGGUGGACGGGCAACAGAAGAGAUUCUGCUGCCACACCUGCAUCAGAGAGUUCAAGCAGGCCCACAGUAAAUUGGCAACCUGCAGCACGUGCAAAACUCUGAUUAAGACGGGCGAGGUGCUGCACAGCAUUGGGUCGAGCGGCACCAUGGGCUCCUACUGCUCCGUCAGUUGCAUGAACAAGGGGACGCUGACAGUGAGCUCGUUAACCAGUGUCGAGCCCACGUGUCACUUCUGUAAGAAGAGUUCAUUACCGCAGUACCAGGCCACACUGCCAGAGGGAAACAUCCUCAACUUCUGUAGCUCGCAGUGUGUCACCAAGUUCCAGAAUACUACUAUACAACCAGCCACCAAUGGACAGACGCCUGUCUCCACCACAAACAGCACAGUUCAGCUCAAGUGUAACUACUGUCGAGGAAUAUUCAGUUUGAAGCCUGAAAUUCUGGAGUGGGAGGAUAAAGUCUACCAGUUCUGCAGUAAAACGUGUUGUGACGACUACAAGAAGCUCCACUGCAUUGUGACGUUUUGUGAGUACUGCCAAGAGGAGAAGACGCUGCACGAGACGGUGAAGUUCUCCGGAGUCAAGAAGCCCUUCUGCAGUGAAGGCUGCAAACUGUUGUAUAAACAGGACUUCAUCAAGCGUCUAGGUCUGAAGUGUGUCAGCUGUAACCAUUGCAGUCAGCUCUGUAAAAAGGCCGUGACUCGGCAGCUGGGCGGUAUGACUCGGGACUUCUGUAGCGAGGCCUGUGCCAAGAAGUUCCAUGACUGGUACCACAAGGGGGCGCGGUGCGACUGCUGUAAGGUGCAGGGUCACCUGACGGAGUCUGUGAUGUGGAGAACUGAGGUGAAGCAGUUCUGUGACCAGGAUUGUCUGCUCAAGUUCUACUGCCAGCAGAACGAACCUAUCAUGGUCACACAGAAGGGCCCAGAGAACACCAGUCUGGGCCUCAACACUCAAGGAUCCAAAGUUGUGCAGGUCAACCAGGGAAGUUUGACGUACUCUGGUACAGGUUUGUCCAGGGACGUCAAGAACAAGGCAGUGCUCUGUAAACCGCUGACUCUGACCAAGGCCACGUACUGCAAACCACACAUGCAGAGCAAACUGUUACAGACAGAUGUAGAUGACGGAGUGAAGAGGGAGUAUGUUCCCGUGCCCAUACCUGUGCCCGUCUUCAUCCCCGUACCUAUGAACAUGUACGCCCAGGUCACACCCACCCCAAUAUCUCUGCCUUUACCGAUCCCCGUGCCUAUUCUCCUGCCCACCACCCUCCAGGGAACAGAGCAGAUCAUCCAGAGCAUUAAUGAACUCAAAACCAAGGUAUCCCACGACUCUGUGAAAGUUGAUGCAAACUCCAUGGAUGUGGACCAGAAACCAGAUGUGAAGGAGGUAAAAGUAAAGGAGGAGCAUGAAGAAAAGGAGAAAAAAGAGAAGAAUGAUGAGGAGGAGGAGGAGAAGGAGGAGUCGUCGUCGUCGUCGUCUUCUUCUUCAUCAUCAUCUGGGAAUAGCUCUGAAAUGAAAGAGGAGACGAAGAAGACAGAGGAAGAGGAAGAAGACAAGUAUGAACCAGACCUGGACCUGGAGGCAGACUUCCCUCAAGACCUUGUUCCUGACCAAGAGGGCGUGGAUAAAGACACAAGCUCCUCCCUACCUCCUGCCUUGGCAAAUAAAGAGGAAAAAAAAGAGGGGUCAACAGUUAGACUCCAGACUAGGAGACAGGGCAACAAGAGGCGAGCAGUGGAGGGGAGUUCAGAUUUACCUGUGUCCUCUUCGCCCCGUCCUUCGGGGAAACGUUCGGAGGGACGAUCGCUGCCUUUGAAAGCCCGCUACGGCAUCAACGCUUGGAAACGCUGGGCGUUGGCGCCUCACGAGGAAGCAGAGGACAGCAAAGGAGAAGACAUUUCCGAACAAAACAAAGCUCGAUCCAAAAGCAGCCUGUUGUCACUGAGUCCAGAGGAGCUGAACGCAUCUCUGUCGCAGUUUGUCAAGGAGGUCUGCAGGCCUAAUGGGGAGCGCUAUUCUCCAGACAGCAUCCUCUACCUCUGCCUGGGGAUCCAGCAGCAUCUCCACGCCAAAGGCAGAAAAGAUGAUCUGUUCGGUGACCCGUGUUACCAGCACUUUGGGGAAGAACUGAACAAAGUUCUGAAAGACUGGAAGCCCCAUGUGCUUCCCGAUGGCUCCCUGUGGGGGCGAGUGGAGGAGCAGAGCCUGUGGAGCAGCCAGCAGCUCGGGGAGCAGAGUCCCGAGGCUCUGCUGCGCUCAUUGGUUUACCUGAAUACCAAAUAUCUUGGCCUGCGCACCGCGGAGCAACACCUCCGCCUCUCCUUCGCUAACGUCUAUGACCCUGACACGGUCCAUCCGGACACCAAGGAGACAAACGUCUGCAUUCGCGUGCCUUCCAUUUCUCAGGAUCACACUGUCCAAACAAAAUCAAAGAAGAGGAAGCGGAAGUCGGAGGAAGAAAAUCAGGACAAAGAAGCCGACGAGGACUCGGGAGGAUCUGCUGUGUUCUCUCUACUCAAGAAGCAUGAGCGCCACCUCUACGACAUCUACAGAUCCAAGUGCCCAACAUCAUUGUGGGAGAGUCAUGACGUCUUCUACGUUCAGCCAGAACCUUCCUGCAGCCCUAACAAUCCGCUGUGGUUUACAUCCACACCACUGGAGCAGCAGGUUCUGGAGAGCCACCUCACCAGAGUCCUCCUCGUCAGCGACAUUAACAAAGACAAAAAGCACCUAGAAAACCAGAACAAAGAGGAAGAAGGUGCUGCGUCUGUGCCACUUCUCCUCCUCAACACUGACCUGUUUCCUCCUGGCGAGGGAUGUCGUGGGCAGAGAUCCUGGUGAGGCUGAGACCUGGAAGGCGGUGGUGAAGAAGCUCGGACUCCCGCAGGUGGAGAUGCAAACCUAAAAGGAUGAAGCAGGGACAAAAACAUAUCUCUAAACAGGCACACACAAGUCCUGAUGUAAGAGUGGGGUUUAAAAAUUCACCGAGGCGUUAUCGGUCCAUCCCAGUUGAAUCAGCUCUGCACUCAGGCCGAAGCCGCUGCACUCCACGCGUGCGUGUUCACCUCAACUUCAGCUACCGAAGAGUGGAGACUUCUGUGGACAGAGGACGAAAACCUCAGGUCGUCUCUCAUCUGCCUGAUUCUGUGGCGCAGGGUGAAAAAGAAAUGCCUUUAAACAUGCUGCGUUUCUUAAAAGGACAUGAGGAGAAAAAAAAAACCUUUAUUCAUGCCAUGUAGCAUUACGUAUGUACCUUUGGAACCCAGAUUGGGUCGUAGUUACUACAUGUACAUAUAUAUAUAUAUAUAUCUUUGAACACAAGGCAGUUAUUUUCAGACGUAGUAAAAAAACACCCACAGGAAUCUUCAGCUUGAAAACUUCUGCUUCCUCUAAAGCCCACUUUUUUAUACUUAAAGACUGAAUAUUUAUUUCUUUUUGUUAGUUUAACUGUAAUGAACUUUUUUUGGGGAGGGGAGCGGGGGGUUAGCAUUUCCUUCAUGUCUCAGUGACGCGUGACCUGCUGCGUUCUUGCAUCCUCACCUCCAUCACCUCCUCGUCCAUUAACAGGUCUGUGCAGGAACCGGCUCCAAAUGAAGGAUGUGGAUUUUUGACAACAAAUUGUUGACUUUUUUCCUUUUGUUCCUGUUGUCUUUUUUUUUUUUUUUUUUUAUACACUUAGUCAAAAGAUAAAGUCUGAGCACUUCAUUGCUGGGAGAACAAGUCUGUUGGCUUGUCAUAAAUGGAAGUAUUAUUUCCCUUCUUUUUCUCAGAUAUAUUUCCCCUUCAUCAACUGUUAAGCUUUUGUUCAAUAAAAAAAGUUCCCUGAGUUGAGCUCUAUUGAAAAGGGUUUUUUGUUUUCUCACGUUUUUUAAAGGGCGGACACGGUCUUCAAACGUGCUUCCCCGUUGCUCAAAAUAUUAGGAACAUCCUUUUCCGAUCGGUUUCACUGUCCUCUAUAGUUUCAAAACAUUGGGAGUUAUGCUGUCAGAGAGCAGGCGCGGGCUGUUUAUUCAGGAAUUAAACGUGACGUUUAAAUCGACAACGUGUCACAGGACAACGAUCGAUCAGUUGAAGGCGAUGACGUUUGACCUUCAGGCCAUACAUUUAAAACCUUUAAACAAAACCGCAGGACUGAACUGAAGUAGUUUAGUGUUAGAUGAGGGCGAGGCGAGGCGGCCCAUGGUUAAACGAGGCUGACGUUCCUUCCACAUGUUUGGAUCUUCGUGUCGGCGCUGUGGUCAGGAUCUAAAGCAACUGUGAAUGUGCCUAUCUGUAAAUACUGACAGUGAGUGAUUGUGAUGGGUCUGAUGCUUUGUGUGUGGGCUGAUCUGCUGAUAUGCUCAUGUUCAAUAAAUGAGUACCUUUUUCUAACCAGA